CCGCUUAACUUCGGCAGUGUAACUCAUCUGAAGCUUAGGAACUCUUUUAGAGAGAAGCCCCAACGGAAUGACACAGUGCUGGUUUAAACAUGGGGGACAUGGUGGAGAAAAGUUCUGAAGAACCUCUGGUCUCUUUGGACAAUGAGUGCUCCAGGAAGAUGGGGGAACUUGUGGAAGUCUCAAGCAGUGACAAGGUUAAGUUUGAUGACACUGGGCUCUCUAUGGUGCUUCAGAAUGGCCUGGAGAACCUUAGGCUGGAAAACUCUCUCACGGAUGUCAUCCUGUGUGUGGACAGCAUGGAAUUCUCUUGCCACCGUGUGGUCCUUGCUGCAGCAAGCAAUUAUUUCAGCUCUUGUUUCAGGGCCAUGUUCUGCAAUGAUUUAAAAGAGAAGUAUGAAGAAAAAAUCAUAAUUCAAGGAGUUGAUGCAAAAACCAUGCAGAUGCUGUUGGACUACACUUACACAAGCCAGGUGCUGAUCACAAAGCAAAACGUACAGAAAGUCUUAGAAGCCGCCAGCCUUUUUCAGUUUCUGCGGAUGGUGGAUGCUUGUGCCAGUUUCCUCACUGAAGCCCUCCAUCCGGAAAACUGUGUUGGGAUUCUGAGGCUGGCCGAUACUCAUUCUCUGGAGAAGCUGAAGCAGCAAGUCCAGAGCUACAUUAUCCAGAACUUUGCUCAAGUGCUGCACUGUGAGGAAUUUCUGGAGAUCCCAGUUGACGUUCUCUACAACACGCUAAAGAGCGAUGACCUCUAUGUCACCGAAGAGGCACAGGUUUUUGAGACUGUUAUGAACUGGGUCAGAUACAAAGAGUCUGAACGGUUUCCUCUCCUAUCCUACGUUCUUGAGAACGUCCGACUACCCCUUCUGGACCCUUGGUAUUUUGUAGAGACAGUUGAAGCCGAUCAACUCAUUAGACAGUGUCCUGAUGUCUUCCCUCUGCUUCAAGAAGCAAGAAUGUACCAUCUGUCAGGCAAUGAGAUUAUUUCAGAAAGAACCAAGCCCCGGAUGCAUGAGUUCCAGUCUGAGGUGUUUAUGAUCAUAGGUGGUUGCACAAAAGAUGAAAAAUUUGUUGCAGAAGUAACUUGCCUGGAUCCUUUGAGGCGGAGCCGUUUGGAGGUGGCAAAAUUACCAAUCACAGAACAGGAAACGGAGAGCGAGAAUAAAAAAUGGGUGGAGUUUGCAUGUAUUACGCUAAAAAAUGAAGUCUACAUAUCAGGUGGGAAAGAAACACAACAUGAUGUCUGGAAAUACAAUUCCUCCAUCAACAAAUGGAUCCAAAUUGAAUAUUUAAACAUCGGGCGAUGGAGGCACAAAAUGGCUGUGCUAGGUGGCAAAGUAUACGUGGUUGGAGGUUUUGAUGGCAUACAGAGAAUCAACAGCGUAGAAACAUACGAUCCUUUCCAUAACUGCUGGUCAGAGGCAGCUCCCCUCAUGGUCAAUGUGAGCUCCUUUGCUGCAGCCAGCUACAAGAAGAAGCUGUAUGUGAUUGGGGGAGGACCCAAUGGAAAACUGGCUACAGAUAAAACGCAGUGUUAUGACCCAGCUACGAACAACUGGAGCUUGAAAUCACCCAUGCCAGUUGAAGCAAAAUGCAUCAAUGCUGUGAGUUUCCGUGACCACAUCUAUGUUGUGGGCGGAGCAAUGAAAGCGCUGUACUCGUACAGCCCACUUCAAGACACAUGGUGCCUAGUGACUCAGUUCACUCAUGAGAGAGCAAGUUGCGGGAUUUCCCCUUGCAACAACAAGUUGUUCAUCACAGGGGGCCGGGAUGAGAAGAACGAGGUCAUCGCCACGGUGCUGUGCUGGGACCCCGAGAUCCAGAGGUUAACAGAAGAGUGUGUCCUACCUCGUGGGGUGUCCCAUCAUGGCAGCGUCACCCUCAGGAAGUCCUACACACACAUCCGCAGGAUAGUGCCUGGCGCGGUUUCUGUGUGACUUUGGGAGAGAAAAGAGAACGACAGAUGAUAUCCAAAUACCUCAGUUCCCCUAAGGAGACAAUGGCCAAGUAGACUGCGUUGAAAAGAUCAUUUUAAAUGUAAAGAGUGUUGGGUGGAACCACUGCUACUAGGGUCCUUUCAGGAAAUAGCUGUACAUGUGCUCGGCCUCCUUGAAAUCAGGAGGAAAUCUCAUUUCCUCUGUACAGGACAUGUCUUAAAUUAUCUUAAUUCCUUCCCCACCCAAAAAAUAAUGGGAUAAUCUGGAGUUUACUCUUGAUGUACAGAACCUACAGUCAUACAAGGAAACAUGAUCGGUAGGUGUGUGUCUGCCUCUUAUCCUACUGCAGGUAGGAUAGUCAUGCCAAAUUUCAGCCCACCUCUGGCCUCAUGUUGCUAUAUUAUUUAUUACUAUUAUCUUCAGACUACUGGACUUGCAGCAUCACCCAAAGAAAAGGAGAAGUUGUGUAGGGAAUGGAAGAGUUGCAUCACUAGCAAAACUCAUUGGCUUCCUCGCACGUUACACUUCUUUUCAACAGAUGGCACGUUACAUGCAGCCAAAGAAUGUCAUUUUAAAAAAGGUAUCAUCCUUCCAUUUCACAUCACCCAAAAAAUCCAACCCAGCUGACAUCCCUGGCUGACAAGCCCAGCUGAGAUACCAAAGACAGAAUGAACAGAGCCUAAUUCUCUCACCUCUACAUAUGGACAAAUUCUAAUUUGAUUCCAUUGUAAGUUUAUUGUAACUAUUUUCCAAUAAAAGCCACAACAAUGUA